UCAACUAGCUCGCCCAGUUCAUCUUCAACUUCUGUUGAAACACCAGUUGAAACAUUGAAAAGCUAUCUUAGUGAACUUUUAAACAACCACAACGCUAAAAGAGCAUUGCAUGGAGUAAGUGAUUUGGUUUGGGAUGAAGAGGUAUACCAAUAUGCGAAGAGCUUUGCAGAUGCCUAUUCCUGUCCUGCUGAUGGGAUGCUAAGUCACAGCGAUGGUUCAUAUGGUGAAAACUUAGCUGCAGGAUUUUCCUCUGCUGCCAGUGUAGUAGAUGCUUGGUAUGAAGAAAUACAAUACUACAAUUUCAACAACCCAGGUUUUAGUAUGGCCACAGGACAUUUCACACAGCUCGUGUGGGCCUCGACGGAUAAACUAGGUUGUGCCUACAAAGACUGCAACACCAUCUAUGGAAGAUACGUUGUCUGCAAUUACUCGCCUCCAGGAAACGUCAUAGGCCAUUUUGCUGCCAACGUU